UUAUAAUAGAUAGAUAAUAGAUAUUACUUGCUGCUGUUACUGUUUUAUUGAAAUGACGGUGGUGGUUGCAUUGAAAAGAAAUUUGAAUUCGAUUCGAUUGCAGUAACACGUUCUUGUGAUCAAGGAAUCAUAGUUAACAGUUUAGAAGGAAAUGUUAUAAGGCUCUACAUAGAAGAUGGAAUUAAUCGGUUGUAGUUCAAGUGCCCAUCAGAGUGACUCUUCAGGAGGGUCACAUGAUGUCAGCAAAAAUAAUUUGACUGGGAAAGAAGCCUUUGUAAACCAUGGUGAAAUAGCGUGGAAUCAAAUAAGGAAAGAAUGGGUUGGUGAUCAGUCUACAAAAUUACAGAGACCACCGAAAGAUUCAACUAUAUGCCUGACAGAAAGUUCUGACGAUAUACUUUUCUCCAAAGAACCUUUUCGUCCGCCUAUACCAUUAGCUACGAUCGUAAGCUAUUUACUAAAAAAUUGGCAUGAGGAAGGUCUCUAUGAAAUAGGUAACAGGUAAUUCAGCUGCAAAUUUCAGUAAGAAUCUUGCACAAUUUUAUGUGCACAGAAGCAAUCACAAGCACAUUGGCGAGAGUGAGACAAACCUUUUAACAUGAGAUUGAUUGAAGUCAUUGAAUUAUAUUGUUAUUGGUUCUGUUUAAUGCACAAAUAAGCUUAAUAGCAGUUUCGGCCUGCCACACUGCAGAUUUUUUUAGUCGUUUGUGACUGGCUAAACAUUCAUCCUUGUAGUUAGUUUUUACAUUUUUGAACUUGAAUACAUUCUCCACGAUUACAAAGUGGUCAAUCUCACCCAAUGUUUUAAUGAAUUUUGAGACAAAUUUUUCUGAUAGUUAUAUUCAAAUUGGAGAAACUGCUAA